CAUAAAGGUUACAUAAUUAAGCAUCUUUGUAUCUCGAUGACAAUUGGAGCAGUACUAGUCGUUUUAGCCACUAUAACAACACUAGUAUGGGCUCAAUCCCUUCCUCAUUGCCGUGAAAAAUGUGGUGAUCUACAAGUUCCAUAUCCUUUCGGAAUGGAUGAUCAUGAAAGUUGCCACUUGGGCGAAAAGUUUUUAAUCUCAUGCAACGAAUCUUCUAAUUUCCAACCUCCCAAGGCAUUCCUAAGGAGAAGUGAUAUCCAGGUCACUAACAUAUCCCUUGACGGUGAGUUGACGAUCAUGCAGUAUGUAGCCCGAGAUUGUUACGAUAAGCUGGGAAAUAGUACGGCAAAGAACGACCCUAGUAUCCGGAUGCGGGCCAACACCAUCUCUUCAACCAAAAACAAGUUCGUUGCGAUUGGCUGCGAUACGAAUGCAUUCGUUCAAGCCAACAGAGUUGAAGAAAGAUAUGCAACUGGUUGCAUAUCUUUUUGUAACAGCACUAAAGGUUUUAACGAGUCCUGCUCCGGCAGCGGGUGUUGCAAAGCGCCCAUUGCUGGUGGACUCAAAGAUAUUACGGUCAACGUGUUUAGCUAUUAUAAUCAUACAGGUAUAUGGCGUUUUAACCCUUGUAGCUAUGCCUUUGUGGUUGAAGAAAGCAAGUUCAAUUUUUCCCUGGAAAUGCUCCAAAAAAUGGACAAUGAACCAGAGCUGCCUGAGCUUCCAAUGGUUAUUAACUGGGCAAUUGGUGAUGAUGAUAAGAGCGAGCGCUGUGAUGAAGCUCAAAAGAGAGACAACUACACUUGCAAACAGAAUACCAAGUGCUUGGAUGUCGACGAUGGGUCUGGUGGUUACCGUUGCCAGUGCUUGGAAGGUUUCGAAGGGAAUCCAUACCACCCAGAUGGUUGUCGAGAUAUUGACGAAUGCAAGCAUUCAAGCCGCUGUCAUCCUGGAGAGUGCAAUAAUUUACCUGGCAGGUGGGAGUGUAAAUGUCCAAAGAGGUACAAUAAUAAUGGAACUGCCUGCACCAAAAGCAAUAAUGCCAAUCGAUCUGACAGACUUCUUCUACUUUAUAUUCCACUAGGAGUAUGUCUAACUUUAUUGGUUGCAACUUCUUUGAUAUGUUGGGGAAUGAAGAAAAUAAAGCUAAGAAAAUUGAAAAAGAAGUUCUUUGAACAAAAUGGUGGAUUAAUGUUGCAACAAGGACUAUCAAAUUUUGAAGUGGCCAAAAUUUUUAGUGCAGAAGAACUUAAAAGGGCCACAAACAAUUAUAAUGAAAAUAGAGUCAUUGGAGAAGGAGGCUUUGGAAAAGUUUAUAAGGGAAUUUUACCAGAUAACCAGGAAGUUGCUAUAAAGAAGUCCAAAAUUGGUGACCCAUCACAGACUGCACAGUUCAUCAAUGAAGUGAUGAUUCUUUUGCAAAUCAAUCAUAGGAACGUAGUUAAAUUGUUAGGUUGUUGCUUAGAAACAGAAGUUCCUUUACUUGUUUACAAGUUCAUAUCUAAUGGAACUCUUUUUCAGCAUAUUCAAGAGAAAGGAAAAGCUUCUGUACUUCCAUGGAAAUUGAGAUUGAAGGUAGCAUCCGAAACUGCAGGGGCACUUGCAUAUUUACAUUCUUCAACUUCUACACCGAUUAUACAUAGAGAUGUAAAAACAUCCAAUAUACUAUUAGACGAGAAUUACAUAGCAAAAGUAGCAGACUUUGGAGCUUCGAAGCUGAUUCCUAUAGACCAAAAUCAGCUAACAACUUUGGUGCAAGGAACACUUGGCUACUUGGACCCAGAAUACUUCCACACAAGCCAGUUAACAGAAAAGAGUGAUGUAUAUAGUUUUGGAGUUGUUUUAGCUGAGCUACUAACGAGCAAGGAAGUCGUUUCUUUUAACAGGCCUGAAGGUGAAAGAAACCUGGCAAUGUUCUUUGUCAGUGCAAUUGAAAAGAAUUGCUUACUUCAUGUUCUUGAUCGUGAUAUUGUGGAUGAAGAAAAUGUUGAGGACGUACAAAAAGUUGCAAAUCUUGCCAAAAUGUGUUUUGAGUGUGAAAGGGGAGGAAAGACCUACCAUGAAAGAAGUAGCAAAUGAGCUAGAGGUACUGGUUAACUUGGACAAACAUCCGUGGGGAAAAGUUGAUUUAUGUGGAGAAGAGAAUGAAUACUUGCUUGGUUCACCUUCAAUCACUUACGAAAAUUCUAGUGGUGAAAGUGGGUUUAGG